AUGAAGGGUGCUCUCAGCUUUUUCCUGUUUUCGUUGGCGGCUUCGUCCCCGACCGUCUACUUCAUCCGUCACGGCGAGAAGCCUGACGAUGGUAACGGCCUCAGUGCCCAGGGCGAGCAGCGCGCCCAGUGCUUGAGAUCUGUUUUCGGCCCCGGCUCACAGUACAACAUCGGCCACAUCAUGGCCCAGACACCAAAGUCCAGUGCGUAUUACCUCUUCCCCCAGCUAGGUGCCCCCAAGACUGAGCACAUACGUGAUGCAGAUGGAAAGCGACAGCGACCGCUGGACACUGUUCAGCCCGUCGCAGCGGACCUUGGCCUUACUGUGGAUAUCUCCUGCGACAGAGAUGACCCCAAGUGUGUCAAGAAAGUGGUCAAGAAAUACAAAGGGGAGGGCAAUAUUCUCAUCUGCUGGGAGCACAACAUGCUCACCGACCUUGCUGAGGAGUUGGGAGCCGAGAAUGCCGGGCAGUAUCCCGAUGACAGGUUUGACUUGAUUUGGACUCUGCCGCCAAAAUACACAGAGAUUACAUCGAUCACCUCGGAGCACUGCCAGGGUUUGGAUAACUGA